UUUAUAAGUAAGCAUACGUCCUAAUGCGGCCCUUUAAAUUUAGGUUUCCAUAAACCAGUACAAGUGAAAGCAGCACCGAACCUCUUCUAUGUCAGGUAGAAUCGUUUUGCAAUUCACCGUGUCGCUAUAUAAUACCCUUACAGGUCGCAUCGGACAUCAGUUAACGAGAAGUAUUUCAUCGAGCCAGCACACAAUCCCCUAUUCAUAAUGAGAAUUAUCGCACUAGUAGGCAUUUUCGUGCUAGUCUGCGAGGCAAAUAUUGUUCCGGUCGACGUCAAAGUUCCUAUCAAGGUCCCGGUGCUGGAUAUAAAACAUGUGGAAAACGUAGUGUCUCCAGUGCGAGAAGUCAAAGUACCCGUCAUCAAACAAGUUGCCGUAGAGCACACCGUACCGCACUUUCAUGAAGUUCCCUACAUCAAAAAAGUGCCAGUUGAGCACGAGGUGAAAGUGUUUCGUGAUGUAGAAGUUGUACGAGAAGUGCCCGUGGAAAAAGUUGUCCACAAGCGUGUGGAGGUGCCGGUUCCAGUCAUAAGAGAGGUUGAACUAAUUCGAGAAGUGCCUGUCGUCCAAGAAAUCCCACACGUCAAGGUAGUUAAGGUGGUCAAGGAAGUUCCAGUGGAAGAGGUCGUCCACAAGGACGUUUAUGUUCCAGAAACGCAUGCUGUUAAGGUUCCAAUUCAUGUUCCAGUUAUCAAGCAAGAAAUAAAGCAGAAGCCCUCAAAGUUGGCGAACCUUUUGCAUUUUGAUGGAUUUUUUGGAUAAGAAAUAAACAAAAAUGC